UCAGCGCCCUUGGCCGCGGGCGCGUUGUUGGUUUCGGGUUGUCAGGCAGCAGCCGGCGCAGGCAGCGUCGGGACCCGGCGGCGGGGGGUGCGGCUCGGCCAUGCCUGGUGUCGCGGCCUGAGCCCCUCCACGCACCGCAAGCAUGAAGGACAGCGGGGACUCCAAGGACCAGCAGCUCAUGGUGGCUCUCCGGGUCAGGCCCAUCAGCGUGGCGGAGCUGGAGGAGGGAGCCACCCUCAUCGCCCAUAAAGUGGAUGAGCAGAUGGUGGUUCUCAUGGACCCCUUAGAAGACCCCGAUGACAUCCUGAGAGCACACCGCUCCCGAGAGAAGUCCUACCUGUUUGAUGUGGCCUUUGACUUCACUGCCACCCAGGAGAUGGUGUACCAGGCCACCACCAAGAGCCUCAUCGGGGGCGUCAUCUCAGGCUACAAUGCCACCGUCUUUGCCUAUGGCCCCACAGGCUGUGGGAAAACCUACACCAUGCUGGGCACGGACCACGAGCCGGGCAUCUACGUCCGGACCCUCAAUGACCUCUUCUGUGCCAUCGAGGAGACCAGUGAUGACAUGGAAUACGAGGUGUCCAUGUCCUACCUGGAGAUCUACAACGAGAUGAUCCGGGACCUGCUGAACCCCACCCUGGGGUACCUGGAGCUGAGGGAGGACUCCAAAGGGGCGGUCCAGGUGGCUGGAAUCACCGAGGUCUCCACCAUCAACGCCAAAGAGAUCAUGCAGCUGCUGCUGAAGGGGAACCGGCAGAGGACCCAGGAGCCCACGGCCGCCAACCGGACGUCGUCCCGCUCGCACGCCGUGCUCCAGGUGGCCGUGCGCCAGCGCAGCCGCGUCAGGGACGUGCUGCAGGAGGUGCGCCAGGGCCGCCUCUUCAUGAUCGACCUGGCGGGCUCCGAGCGCGCCUCGCAGACCCAGAACCGCGGGCAGCGCAUGAAAGAGGGAGCCCACAUCAACCGCUCCCUGCUGGCCCUGGGCAACUGCAUCAACGCGCUGAGUGACAAGGGCGGCAAUAAGUACGUCAACUUUCGGGACAGCAAGCUCACCCGGCUCCUGAAGGACUCCCUGGGGGGGAACAGCCGUACCGUGAUGAUCGCGCACAUCAGCCCAGCGAGCAGCGCCUUUGAGGAGUCCCGGCACACCCUGACCUACGCCGGCCGAGCCAAGAACAUCAAGACCAGGGUGAAGCAGAACCUGCUCAACGUCUCCUACCACAUUGCCCAGUACACCAGCAUCAUUGCCGACCUGCGUGGCGAGAUCCAGAGGCUCAAGUGCAAGAUCGAGGCGCAGGGCGGGCGGGGCCAGCCCCGGGGCCGACUGGAGCAGGGCGACAUCCGGCACGUCCAAGCCGAGCUCCAGCUGCACAGUGGGCAGGCGGAGCAGCCCGAGAUGGGACAGCUGCGGGAGCAGCUCAUCAGCGCCUUCCGGGAGCAGCUGGAUGUGCGGAGACGCCUGCUGGAGCUGGAGAACCGCGCCAUGGAGGUCCAGAUUGACACCUCGCGCCAUCUGCUCACCAUCGCCGGCUGGGAGCAUGAAAAGUCACGCCGAGCCCUCAAGUGGCAGGAGGAGCAGCGCAAGGAGUCAUACACCAAGGAUGACAGCGAGAAGGACUCGGACACAGGCGAUGACCAGCCAGACGUCCUGGAACCGCCAGAGGUGGCUGCGGCCCGGGAGAGCAUCGCCGCCCUAGUGGGCGAGCAGAAGAAGCUGCGCAAACAAAAGCUGGCACUGGAGCAGCGCGGCCGGGAGCUGCGCGCGCGGGGCCGGCGCCUGGAGGAGACGCUGCCGCGGCGCAUCGGCUCCGAGGAGCAGCGCGAGGUGCUCAGCCUGCUGUGCCGCGUGCACGAGCUCGAGGUGGAGAACACCGAGAUGCAGUCGCAUGCGCUGCUUCGCGACGGCGCCCUCCGCCACCGCCGCGAGGCUGUGCGCCGCCUGGAGCAGCACCGCAGCCUCUGCGACGAGAUCAUCCAGGGCCAGCGGCAGAUCAUCGAUGACUACAAUCUGGCCAUCCCCCAGCACCUGGAGGAGCUCUACGAGGUGUACCUGCGGGAGCUGGAGGAGGGCAGCCUGGACCGGGCCACCAUCAUGGACCGCGUGGCUUCCAGGGCCCUGCAGGACAGCUCCUUGCCCAGGAUUGCCCCAGCAGGAGCCACGCUGACCCCAGAUUCUGACCCAGAGACCGUGAAGACACUGAGCUCUGAGGGCCAGCGCCUACAGAGCAGCACCCUCCCUCCCCUCAGCGUGGAGAGUGAAGCCAACCGUGUGUUCAAGGCCAGUCCCCAGGCCUGGCUGGCGAAGGGCUCCUCGGUGCCUACCCCGCCCCCCAUCCAGAUCGGCAGCCUGGCCACCCAGGAGGCCCCCGCUCCGGACAGCCUGGUCCCCCUGAGCAGCCGGAUCCACUCUUCCCCCGACAGCAGUGAGAACCUGUCGGAGAUCCCCUUGUCCCACAAAGAGAGGAAGGAGAUCCUGACGGGCACCAAGUGCAUCUCCGUGAAGGCUGCACGGCGGCGCUCGCGGGCCCUGGGCACCGAGGGUCGCCGCCUGCUCGCACCCGCGGCAGCGCGCAGCAGCCUGUCCCUGCGCUCCCGGGGCGGGGUGGAGGAUGCGUGGCCGCCGGGCCCCCAGGCUUGCAAGCGGCCGUCCAGCCCCGCGCUGCAGCACGCCGCCAGCGAGGACAACCUGUCCAGCAGCACGGGCGACGCUCCAUCCCGCGCGGUGGGGCAUCGCGCCGGUGGCCCUGGGCCCCGGCUGCGUGGCCCCAAGAAAAGCCUGGGCAAGGGGCAGGAGGAGUCGCUGGAGGCCAAGAAGAGGAAGCGGAGGUCCAGAUCCUUUGAGAUCACUGGGCAAGGGCUCUCCCGCCCCAAGAACCCCCCUCUGGGGUCCCAUCCCACCGAGAGCACCUCAGACCACAGGAUGCCAGUCUGCGGGCACCCCGCCCCUAGUAUCCGGCAUCCAGGAAAGGGCACGUUGCCUUUGGCCAAAGUCAAACUCCCUCCAAGCCAGAACACGGGAGCUGGGGACCCCUCACCCCUUGCUGUUCCCCCCAACCCAGCUGGCAUUUCUCAACGAGCUACUCGUGGGCCCCGCCUGCCCCACAGCUCAAGCACCCAUGUCAAGGAUGGAUGUUUCCGGCGUAACUGAGGGACUCUGCCUUGAACCAGCCCUCCUGCCCCCAAGACUGAAUGGGGUUUAGCAGGGAAAUGGGAGAUGGAGGUUUGGCAGACUGGGGCGAGCUGGGAGCAGGAGCUCAGCCCUGAAAAGGCCUGGGCUCCUUGAACCCAGGAGUCAUGGGGGCACCUGCCCAACCCUUCCAUGCUUUGAGUGCCACCAGGAGGCAUGGCUGGGAUGACCAGGGCUCCCUGUUCUCCCAGCCCUGGACAGAACCCUGUUGCCAAAACCCUGCAUAGACCUGUGGCCAGACUCAGUCUCAGAAAUGGGGAGAGGGGAGCUGUUACUGAGACGGGGUUCCUGGGCCCACGCCUGGGGCAAGAGCAUCCUGGAUGGGUGGGAAGGGGCCAGUGAGUGCUUUACAUACUAUGAUUUGGGGGCAGGGAUCAGGUUUUUGUUACUUGGCAAUGGGUUUUUCCUCCUCCUUCCUAACAAUAAAAUACCAUGUGGGUCUUGACA